CGUCAACGCCUGGUUAGCAGUGUGAUGAUUUGCCUCGUCUUAACCAUAUUUGCCCAUAUUUUCCAGACAGGGUGGACUGGAGCCAAGGAGCGCACCUUCAUCGCUGUGAAGCCUGAUGGCAUUCAGCGUGGACUUGUGGGAGAGAUCAUCUGCCGGUUUGAGCAAAAGGGCUUUAAACUGGUGGGACUUAAACUUUUACAGGCUUCUGAGUCUGUUCUGAGGGAGCAUUACUGGGACCUGAGGGGGAAGCCGUUCUUCACUGGACUGGUCUGCUACAUGGGCUCUGGACCUAUUGUCGCUAUGGUGUGGCAAGGUUUGGAUGUGGUGAAAACGUCUCGAGGAAUGCUGGGAGAGACCAGCCCUGCUAACUGCCUCCCUGGCACCAUCAGAGGAGACUACUGUGUAGAAGUGGGAAGAAAUGUCAUCCAUGGCAGUGAGUCUGUGGAGAGUGCUCAGAGAGAGAUCCCUCUGUGGUUCAGACACGAGGAGCUCCAGAGCUGGGCUGACAGCAGCAGCCGCUGGAUCUAUGACUGAUUCAUUAUUUUCUUUUUCUACUUGUUGUAGCUUGCAGCUAGGUCAAAAUUCUGUUUGCUAAAGAUAUUUGUUGAUCGUUUCCCUGUUUCUCUUGAUCUAAUGUAGCCAUUUACCACA